UUUCAAAUUUUUUUUUUUUUUUUUUUUUUUUUUGCUCCCUUUUUGUGCUUAAAAGCCGAAACAACCCGUGUAUUUCAUCCAUUGUAUGUCACCCAUGAUUCUAUUUCUCCCUUCUUUUCCUUUCUUUCUUCAAACAUGUCUGCAGACUAUGAAUGGAUAGAAAUAUCAAAUCCAAAGUUCAUAAGGCCUUUUUAUGCAAAUCCUACAACGGGUGAAUGUACUUGGGAUAAACCCAUUGAUGAAUCAACAGUUAAAGAAAUAGAUCCAAAAGGUGAUUGGUGGGAGCUCUGGGACGAAAAAACAUCGCUACCAUAUUACUAUCAUACACGUGCAAACAUCUCGAAUUGGUUGAAACCCACAGAUACAAACGUCAUUUCGCUUGUAAAGAUACAACCUUCACAAGAAUUUGCUAAACAAAUGGCAAUGCUAAUUAAAGAAACCAAAGUGAUUACGACCGAGUCAAUACCUUAUCCAGUGUCGAACAAAAGAAACAGUAAAUCGCUGGAUUUAUCAAUACACACCACGGAGCCAAUACGUCAUCAUACAAGAUCGACAUCCGAUGGAGGUAGUAUCAAUACAUCGAUUAUGCCAGUACAAAAUACCCAGGAAUCGUUAUCAGCAGCACUUCCAUCGCCCGUAGCAACCGAUAGUGAUACCAGCAGCCCUACCAAUUCAUCUAGUUUAUUAUUUAAUUUCGGACUCGGAGCCAACAGAAAAUCAACAACACCUUCAAGGAAACCAAGCUUUUGUUCUUCGAUUGUACAAAAGGAGCCUUCCACUGAAAUCAACAAGUCAAGAAGAGGAUCUCAUUUCUCGGCGUUUUCAAGUUUUACAAGAACGAGUAAAUCUUCUACAAGUGGUAGUACAAAUCCAUUAAAAAAUUUAGUUUCACGAUCAUCAGGCACUUCCCCUGCAGCAAGUAGAUACUCCAUAUCUGUCAGUGCUCCAAUGAACAAUCCAGAGGCCGCCAUAGCCAUGCAUCCAUUGAAUCAGGCUGAGUGCGAUUCCAAUCAAGUCUCUCCAAAUACAACCAUCAGAAAACCAAUCUUACCCGUUGGCUUGCAACAAGAGAUCAAUCGAUUCGCUAUUGAUGGAUUUGCCCAGAAAUACUUUUCAACCCACAAACGAGGUCUUUUUAGAAGAAGAGUGCCAAUGAAUGAAAUGUUAAAGUGGACCAAAGAUUCUAUAAAGCAACCACUCAUUAUGCUCAACAGAGAUUUGUAUAAGGAUGCUCUAAGGUGUUUUAAACUGAUUCAGAUGGUCAUGGGCGACAGAACUCGUCCUCGCAACUGGAACGAAGUCGAAGAUUUACAGACUCUUUUAACCUGUGGUAUUACCAAAGGUCAAAUGCGAGACGAAAUCUAUGUCCAGACUUGCAAACAACUUCAUGAUAAUCCAAGCGGGGAGAGUAUUCGUAAAGGAUGGGAGAUUCUGUGUAUUAUCAGUGUGACUUUCCCUCCAUCCAAAAACCUGGAAGCAUAUUUAACAGAUUUCGUGCAACAAAACCAUCAUGUCCAAGAAAAUCAAGUUUGUGUCAUGAGCCAGCAUGUGUCUACUAAAUUAAAAAGAGUUUGCAUCCGUGGUGCAAAAGGCAAGGUUUUAACUAGCGCAGAGAUUUUUCGCGCCAAGGAAGCACCUUUUAAACCAUCCGUAUUCGGUGAACCAUUAGGGUUUAUUAUGGAACAACAACGUAAUUCAGAUUUGAAGUUACAGAUACCCCAAAUUGUUCCAUUUUUAGCAGAGACAGUAAGAGCUACCAACGGUCAAUUAUCAGAGGGCAUAUUUCGUGUUCCUGGUGAUGCAGAUGCAGUGACGGACUUGCGUGUUCGAAUAGAAAACGGCAAUUACGAUGCAACAGGUAUUACAGAUCCUAACGUGCCUGCCUCGCUCUUAAAAUACUGGUUAAGAGACUUGGCGGAUCCUAUCAUUACCUCGGAAGAUUAUAAUGAUUGUAUCCGAUAUGCAGAAGAUCCUGAAAAGGCCAUUGCAAUCAUUAAUAGAUUACCUAAUACCAAUCGACGCAUUGCCUUAUAUACCAUCAGUUUCUUACAGGAAUUCACUGACCCAAGUAUUAUCAAGCAUACGCUCAUGAAUGUUAAUAAUUUAGCCAUGGUGUUUGCCCCCAAUUUCCUGAGAUGUCCAGCAGAGAGUUUGACAACCGUAUUUGAAAAUUCAAAGUAUGAACAGGCCUUCUUAAGGACCCUUAUAAACGAGAUGAUUGUUGAUCCUCAGCAAUGUGCCUAUGAUGAUGAUAACACCAAUGCUUUUGGUAUUUGCAAAUCCUGAUAAAAACUGUAAAAACAUGAUUUUUUUUUUUUUUUGCUAAUUAAAUUAUUCCCCAAUUUCCUCUUAACUUACACUCGCCCUAAUAAUAAUAAAUUUUUUUUUUUGUCCCCGUGA